GGUGGUGUGCAGGGAGGCUUUUGUCAUCUUCCACAGCUGGAAGCAGCAGCUGGAAGGUGAAUUGAGGGCAGGUGGGAGGAGAGUGCAGGAGCAAGUUGGGCCGUUUGAUUUCCUCCAUGAUGUGGAAGCGGAGAAGCAACUGGGCUGAAACCGGUCAGCUGCUGCUGCUGCAGUUCCUUCCCUCCUCAACAGAUGGCUGUAAUUUUCUGCUGACAAAGAGGAUGUCAAUAAGAGCACUCGGGACAACUGUAAAUAACAAGCACCAUUGAAAAGAGAAGAAAAUUGAGCCAGAAAUCAAAAUAUUUUCCAUAUCCUUCAGAAAACCACACAAUUCUCCUCCUCCAACAGCUGUUAGACAAAAGAGAGAAAAUCAAGAAAGAACAAGCAGAUUAUGCAGUCCUGAAGGAUACAUUACAUGAAAAGUGAAGGGAGAUUAUUUUUCAUUCAGCAAAAGAGGGAAAUAUCAGGAAGUCAGUAGGUAGGACACUAUCAAUAGAAAAGCCACAUAGAACUGACAGGAAUGCAGGCCAUACCCUGUGAGAAAGAAAACGGCUUGAAUGAAAGCACCACUAAACAAGGCAUUGUCUAUAUUUUUGACUUCCUCAAGAAUAUCAGCUGUGGAAAAUCUCCAUAGAUUUGCCUAUUGUGGGAAAAGCACAGAUUGCAAAUAACAGUUGAUUAUGCAACAAGGAACUAGACAGGAGAAAAGCCAUACACAUGACCUCAAUGUAGCAAAACCUGGUCGGAACAUCUCUCUUGUGGUUGUGUCUACAUUGUGGGAAAAGAUUCAUUAGAAAUUACCAUCUCAGACACCAGAGAAUUGACACAAAAAACACCAUUUGAAUGUCCUUUCUGUGGAAAAAGUUUCAGUCAAAAUUCUAGCCUCAUGAUACACCAGAGGAGUAUCAUAUAGGAGAAAAAUUCUUUGAAUGUUCUGAUUGUGGUAAACUUUCAGUUGUAAUUCCAAUUGGAUGAUACACCAGAGGACUCUCAAAAUAGAAAAACCCUUUCAAUGUCCUGACCGUGGGAGACGUUCCAGUCAUAAUUCCAGCCUGGUAAUACAUCAGAGGAUUCACUCGAUGGAGAAACCCUAUCAGUGUCGAGAUUGUGGGAAAGGUUUCAUUAGAAAUUCCAACCUCAUAGUACACCAGAGGACUCACACAGGAGAGAAACCCUUUGAAUGUCCUAUCUGUGGAAAAGGUUUUAGUCAGAAUUCCCACCUCAUGAGACACCAGCGGACUCACACAGGGGAAAAACCCUUUGAAUGUCCUAUCUGUGGGAAAAGUUUCAGUGAGAAUUCCUACCUGGUAACACACCAGAGGACUCACACAGGAGAGAAAUCCUUUGAAUGUCCUGUCUGUGGGAAAAGUUUCAGUGAGAAUUCCAGCCUGGUAAUACACCAGAGGACUCAUACAGGAGAGAAACCCUUUGAAUGUCUAGAUUGUGGGAAAUGUUUCAUUGGAAAUUCCAACCUCAUGAGACACCAGAGGACUCACACAGGAGAGAAAUCCUUUGAAUGUCCUAUCUGUGGGAAGCGUUUCAGUGAGAAUUGCUACCUGGUAAUACACCAGAGGAUUCAUACAGGAGAAAAACCCUUUGAAUGUCCUGACUGUGGAAAACGUUUUAGUCACAAUUCCCACCUCAUAACACACCAGAGGACUCACACAGGAGAGAAACCCUUUGAAUGUGCUGAUUGUGGUAAAACAUUCAGUUGUAAUUCCCACCUCAUAAUACACCAGAGGAGACACAAAGGAGAGAAACCCUUUGAAUGUCCUAUCUGUGGGAAAAGUUUUACUGAUAAUUCCAGCCUGGUGGCACAUCAGAGGACUCACACAGGAGAGAAACCCUUUCAAUGUCCUGACUGUAGAAAAUGUUUUAGUCAGAAUUAUCACCUCAUGAGACACCAGAGGACUCACACAGGAGAGAAACCCUUUCAAUGUCCUGAUUGUGGGAAAUGUUUCAUUAGAAAUUCCCACCUCAUGAGACACCAGAGGACUCACACUGGAGAGAAACCCUUUGAAUGUCCUAUCUGUGGGAAAAGUUUUAGUGAUCAUUCCACGCUGGUGAGACACCAGAGGACUCACACAGAAGGGAAACCUUUUCAAUGUCCUGAUUGUGGGAAACAUUUUAUUAGAAAUUCCCACCUCAUAAUACACCAGAGGACACACACAGAAGAGAAACCCUUUGAAUGUCCUAUCAGUGGGAAAAAUUUCAGUGAUAAUUCCAGCCUGGUGAAACACCAGAAAACUCACACAGGAGAGAAACCCAUUGAAUGUCCAGAUUGUGGGAAAUGUUUCAUUGGAAAUUCCAACCUCAUGAGACACCAGAGGAUUCACAAAGGAGAGAAACCCUUUGAAUGUCCUAUCUGUGGGAAAUGUUUCAGUGAGAAUUGCUACCUGGUAAUACACCAGAGGACUCACACAGGAGAAAAACCCUUUGAAUGUCCUGACUGUGGAAAAUGUUUUAGUCAGAAUUCCCACCUCAUAACACACCAGAGGACACACACAGGAGAGAAACCCUUUGAAUGUCCUAUCUGUGGGAAAAGUUUUAGUGAUAAUUCCAGCUUGGUGAAACACCAGACAACUCACACAGGAGAGAAACCCUUUCAAUGUCCUGAUUGUGGUAAACGUUUCAGUCGGAAUUUCCACCUCGUGAGACACCAGAGGACUCACACAGGAGAGAAACCCUUUGAAUGUCCAGAUUGUGGGAAAAGUUUCAGUCAAAAUUCCAACCUCAUAAUACACCAGAGGAGACACACAGGAGAAAAACUGUUUGAAUGUCCUGACUGUGGAAAAGGUUUUAGUAAGAAUUCCCACCUCAUGAAACACCAGAGGAUUCACACAGGAGAGAAACCCUUUGAAUGUCCUGAUUGUGGGAAAUGUUUCAUUAGAAAUUCCCACCUCAUAAUACACCAGAGGAGGCACACAGGAGAGAAACCCUUUGAAUGUCCUAUCUGUGGGAAAAGUUUUAGUGAUAAUUCUGGCCUGGUGAAACACCAGACAACUCACACAGGAGAGAAACCCUUUCAAUGUCCUGAUUGUGGAAAAUGUUUCAGUUGGAAUUUCCACCUCGUGACCCACCGGAGGACUCACACAGGAGAAAAACCUUUCAAAUGUCCUGUCUGUGGACUUUACUUCAAUCAUAAUUCCAGCCUGGUAAUACAUCAGAGAAUUCACUCCAUGGAGAAACCCUAUGAGUGUCAAGAUUGUGGGAAAAGUUUCAUUAGAAAUUCCCACCUCAUGAGACACCAGAGGACUCACACAGGAGAGAAAGCCUUUGAUUGUCCAAUCUGUGGAAAAGGUUUUAGUCAGAAUUCCCACCUCAUGAGACACCAGAGGACUCACACAGGAGAGAAACCCUUUGAAUGUCCUAUCUGUGGGAAAAGUUUCAGUGAGAAUUCCUACCUUGUAACACACCAGAGGACUCACACAGGAGAGAAACCCUUUGAAUGUCCUAUCUGUGGGAAAAGUUUCAGUGAGAAUGCCAGCCUGGUAAUACACCAGAGGACUCAUACAGGAGAGAAACCUUUUGAAUGUCCUGAUUGUGGGAAAUGUUUCAUUGGAAAUUCCAAUCUCAUGAGACACCAGAGGACUCACACAGGAGAGAAACCCUUUGAAUGUCAAGAUUGUGGGAAAAGUUUCAGUCGAAAUUUCCUUCUCAUGAAUCACCAGAGGACUCAUACAGGAGAGAAACCCUUUGAAUGUCAAGAUUGUGGGAAAAGUUUUAGUCAAAAUUCCCACCUCAUAAGACACCAGAGGACUCACACGGGAGAGAAACCCUUUGAAUGUGCUGAUUGUGGGAAAGGUUUCAUUAGAAAUUCCCACCUCAUAAUACACCAAAGGACUCACACAGGCGAGAAACCUUUUGAAUGUCCUAUCUGUGGGAAAAGUUUUAGUGAUAAUUCCAGCCUCGUGACACAUCAGAGGACUCACACAGGAGAGAAACCCUUUGAAUGUCUUGACUGUGGGAAACAUUUUAGUCAGAAUUAUCACCUCAUGAGACAUCAGAGGACUCACACAGGAGAGAAACCCUUUCAAUGUCCUGAUUGUGGGAAAUGUUUCAUUAGAAAUUCCCACCUCAUGAGACACCAGAGGACUCACACAGGAGAGAAACCCUUUGAAUGUCCUCUCUGUCGGAAAAGUUUUAGUGAUAAUUCCACGCUGGUGAAACACCAGAGGACUCACAUAGAUGAAAAACCUUUUUAAUGUCCUGAUUGUGAGAAACGUUUCAUUACAAAUUCCCACAUCAUAAUACACCAGAGGACACACACAGGAGAAAAAUCCUUUGAUUGUCCAGAUUGUGGGAAAAGUUUCAAUGGAAAGUCAUGAGACACCAGAGGACUCACACAAAAGAGAAAUGUUUUGAAUGUCCUGACUGGAAAAUAUUUUAGUCAUUUCCAUCUCAUGAGACACUAGAGGACUUACACCAUGGAGAAACCUUUCAAAUGUCCAUCUGUGGACUUUACUUCAAGCAUAAACCAUCCCUUAUUGCACACAGGGAAAUCCACAUGAGGCAAAAGUUGAAGAGUUUAGAGGAGGCUUGAUUUCAUUUGUGAUCUUCCAUUCAAAGUCUAGGUGAGAAAUUGACUGUUUGAAGUCUGGCUUGAUUCAUUUUACUCAAACUUUUCUCAGGAUUAAACUUGUAGGUGGAGAGAAAAGGAGACUGGUAAAUGGCUAACCACCAUUUUCUGGUUAUUGGCAGAAUCUUCUGGAUACAUCCUUUUGUAGAAAUAAUGGAAUUCCUCAAAAAGAAAUUUUGGAUGGUGCUUUUUUAUGUUGAUGAUGGACGCGCAUGUUGAGUUUCAGUCUUCUAGCUUGGUUUCACCCUGAUUUUAACCCCAGAAGUCCCCAGCCAACAUAAAAGUAGUCCUCAAGAUACAACUAUUAUGGGACUUGCAAUUAUGGUUGCAUGUUGCAAUGACUGUUAAGUGAGACUGCUUUCCUUAACUGCCCGAAUCCUCCUGCUCUCCCCAAGUCAGCUAGUAAUUUGGGGAUACAAUCCCCAAAAUGACCAGAAUGAUGUCAGUUCGAAUCCAAGGCAAAUCAUUCAAUAUCACAGUAGUCCAAGUCUAUGCCGCAAUACUGGUGCUGAAGAGGAUGAAGUUGACCAGUUCUAUGAAGACCUACAACACCUUCUAGAAUUAACACCAAAAAAUUGAUGCCCUUAUAAUCAUGAGGGAUUGGAAUGCUAAAGUAGGAAGCCAAAAGAUAACCAGAAUAACAGGCAAGUUUGGCCUUGGAGUACAAAAUGAAGCAUGGCACAGGCUGAUAGAAUUCUGUCAAGAUAAUACGAUGGUCAUAGCAAACAUUCUUUUCCAACAACCUAAGAGACGACUCUACACACGGACAUCACCAGAAGGUCAACACAGAAAUCAGAUUGACUAUGUGCUCUGCAGCCAAAGAUGGAGAAGCUCUAUACAGUCAGUAAAAAUAAGACCAGGAGCUGACAGUGGCUCAGAUCAUGAGCUUCUUGUUGCAAAAUUUAGGCUUAAAUUGAAGAAAGUAGGGCAAAGCACUAGGCCACCCAGGUAUGAACUAAAUCAUAUCCCUGAUGAAUAUACAGUAGAGGUGAGAAAUAGAUUUAAGGAAUUAGCUCUGAUAGACAGAGUGCCUGAAGAACUAUCGACAGAGGUUUGCAACGUUGUACAAGAGGUAGCAACUAAAACCAUCCCAAAGAAAAAGGAAAGCAAGAAAGUAAAAUGGUUGUCUGAGGAAGCUUUGCAAAUAGCUGAGGAAAGAAGGGAGGUGAAAGACAAGGAAGAAAGAGAAAGAUACACCCAAUUGAAUGCAGAAUUUCAGAGAAUAGCUAGAAGAGAUAAGAAUGCUUUCUUAAAUGAACAGUGCAAAGAAACAGAAGAAAACAAUAGAAUAGGGAGGACCAGAGAUCUCUUCAAGAAAAUUGGAGAUAUGAAGGGAACGUUUCAUGCAAAGAUGGGCAUGAUAAAGGACCAAAUGUUGCUCCCAGAAGCACGAAGCUGAAGCCUGAAGAUGACGAAUGAGACUUCGUCGAAACGUUGCCAAGACACUUCCAAUUUUACGUGGGAGAAAACCCGAAUAACCAAAGACCUACACACACACACACACACACACACACACACACAUGUGUUUUCUGAGGUGUAUAAUAUAUGUAUAUAUAUAUGCAUGCAUAUAUGUAUAUAUAUAUAUACAUAUAUGUAUAUAUAUGUAUACACACAAAUAUAUAUAUUUGUUUGUUUCCUGAGGUUUUCACGGGUGUUUGUAUGUAGGUCUUUGUUUUUGUUUGUUUACAUUUACAUUUGGUUAUUCGGAUUUUCUCCCGUGUAAAAUUGGAAGUGUCCCAACUGCAUGAAUGAACGAGAUGAUACCUCCCGCCUACCAGCCAUUUGGAAACCCGCCCUUAUCGACAAACGAGUCCCUAACAUGAGGAAUGACGCCAGACCUACACUCACAAGGGCCACACAGCCUAUCACCACACAUCCACGCCGAAAGCAGACUGAAACCCACACCGAUGAUGAAGCACGACCACAGAACAGAAGCCAGACCGCAGCUGCAUCAUUAGCCAUUUCAAACCCUCCAAUCCAUACAUGCAGCAGACUGACACCCACCAUGAAGAUGUAGCAAGGCCACAAACGAGAAUCCAAACAACAGCAAUGCAUCUCACCAACUCAAAUCCCACUGCAACUCAGACUAACCUGAGCACAACCAAACCCCCACCCAAACAGAACACCCCCCCUUCCAAUCAGAGCACAGCCAAGCCCCCACCCAAUCAGAACACACCUCCACCCAAUCAGAACACAGCCAAGCUCCCAACCAAUCGGUUCAACCCCCCACUAGCAAUUAAAAGGAAGAAACAGCUGCAAUCACACAUUGCUCCUAGAAGCACAAAGCUGAAGACACCAGCCUGAAGAUGAUGAAUGAGACUUGGUUGAAACAUCGCCAAGACACUUCUAAUUUUAUGCGGGAGAAAACAUUUCAUGUAUUCAUAAUCAUGUUUAUAGUUAUAUCUGUUAUCUAAUAUAUGCUUGACGAAAUAAGUAAAUAGUUCUCUCUUUUUGCAUGGGGAGCUUCUUGCUCUGUUUCUGUGGUGAUGAGUGAAUACUUGGGAGGCCCAAACAAACAAAUUAGGGAUAAUGAUCAUGGAGAAAAUCUAUCGAUGUGAUCACUGAAGUCAAAAACUACUUGAACAUAAAUAAUCAAUAAAAAAAAUCUUGCCGCUGGAUUAGGCAGAGAUGAAAUACGUUUUUCAUCUUUAUGUCACUAAAUGGCUCAUUUGAACAGUAGAUUCCUAGAGAGGAUUUGGAAGAGAGAACAGGAGCAGAGCGUCCUCUUCCGGCUCUCUGCUGAGAGGUUGGAGGUAGGGGGGGAGGGAGUGUGGCCCUCCUGAUCUUCCCAGGGUGGAAGCAGCAGCUGAAAAGUGAGCUGAGCACAGGUGGAGGAGAGGCCAGAAGGAAGUAGGGCUGUUUGGGUUUCCCCAGGUUGUAAAAGCAAGGAAGCAAGGAGGCUGAAACAAGUCAGCUGCUACAUAUUUCUUCCCUCCCCAGAUUGUAUUCCACUGGUGGCGCAUGCUUUAAAACUGGUGCCUGCAUUUUUCUUUGUGUCAGGAGAUUUAUUUUAGUCUCCUCCGUGAGUCCUUGUAAUUUUACGGGGAUGUUCUUUUCUUGGCAACAAUUUGGAACUGAUGUACCAGUGCUGUCUUCAGGCAUUUUGUUUUUAAUUCCAUAUCUAGCAAACAAACACAGGAUUUCCUGGUGGUGUGCCAUCCAUGGAUUAACAUGGCACGACUGUGCUUAACCCACAACUUUUUAAAAAAGUCACUAUUGAGCCCAUAUCAUCAUCAUCAUCAUCACCACCAUCACCAUCCAUAUCUUAUUAAAUCUGCAUUAAAAAUAGCAUUGUAGGAGGUCCUUCUAAAAGGUUAGCCUGGUGAUCAAAUAGCCAUGUGGUUUGAUGGCCUCUUCUAUUUUGCCUUUUGUUGGUGUUUUUUUUACAAAUCCUUCUUGGAAACAUUUCUACCAAAUAUAGACUAUCACUCCAUCUUUCUUAGACCCCAAUUUCUAAACCCUGAUGCAUACUUUCCCUCUCUCUGUAAUCUAAUGGAGACUUCCAUGCAGGCCAGUUUACAGAGCCUUGGGCUGAUGGUGAUCCCAUGUAAUCAAUCCUUGGAAGCCACAGAAAAUCAGUCAUGAAGUUUUUGGAUGUAGAGAGCCUUUGAUCUCCACUGAGAGACACCCCCCCCCCAAGAAAUUUAUUCUGUAAUUCUGUAAAAAAAGUCAUUAAUUUUUAGGGCUCAGCACAUAGCUAAUCUUUGUAAGCUAAGUAGUAUCACAUUUCAUUAUUUCGCUUGGCUCAGUUGCAAAGAUAAAUUGCUAGAAGUCAAACAUGACUUGAUAGCAUUUAAUCAGUAAAAACAUCUUGCAGACGCCUUAGAUAGAGAAGGAACAAGCAUUUCCUAUCUGGAGAUGGAGGUCAAAGGGACAACAUCUGUGCCUAGAAAGCUGACCAUAACAGUAGGCAGGCUCUGUGGCUGGGUUUAAAAGAGUUAAAACCAUCAAGUAUUUAAUUGCUAGAGAGGAUGGGAAAAGAGGAGAAGCACAGAGGAACUUCCUGUUUUGGAUCUCUCAUUGGAAAAAGGGGGUGUACAGGGAGGCUUUUGUCCUCUUCCACAGCUGAAAGCAACAGCUGGAAGGUGAAUUUAGGGCAGGUGGGAGGAGAGUCCUGGAGCACGGGCUGUUUAGUUUCCUAUGUCUGCAAUUAUAUAAUCUGUCCCCAGCAUUUCAAGCUAUAUUUCAAGACAGGCUUUUGCAUUGCUAAGAAUUUGUGAUUGACCCAACUAAACAACUGAAUUUGAUUGAAUGUUGAACAUGGAUCUUAGUAGUCUUCCAUGUGUCAAAUGAAUCAUAAAUAAGAAAAGAGACUAUUAUAUCGCUUGAAAAUAAGAACUCAGGCAUAUGAGAUAAGGGAUGCCUUAUGCACGGUCACUCAUGCUCUCGUCACUUCUCGUCUGGAUUAUUGCAAUGCUCUCUACAUGGGGCUACCCCUGAAGUGCACUCGGAGACUCCAGCUAGUCCAGAAUGCAGCUGCGCGGGUGAUUGAGGGAGCACCACGUUGCUCCCGAGUAACACCACUCCUGCGCAGUCUGCACUGGCUACCUGUGGUCUUCCGGGUGCGCUUCAAGGUUUUGGUUACCACCUUUAAAGCGCUCCAUGGCUUAGGGCCCGGGUACUUACGGGACCGCCUGCUGUUACCACAUGCCUCCCACCGACCCGUGCGCUCUCACAGAGAGGGUCUUCUCAGGGUGCCGUCCGCCAAGCAGUGUCGGCUGGCGGCCCCCAGGGGAAGGGCCUUCUCUGUGGGAGCACCUACUCUCUGGAACGAACUUCCCCCCGGUUUACGCCAAUUGCCCGACCUUCGGACCUUUCGCCGGGAACUGAAAACUUAUUUAUUUAUCCAAGCGGGACUGGCCUGAUUUUUAAAUUUAAAAUUUUUCAAUUUUAAUUUUAUUGGGUAUUUUAUAUGGUCAAUUGGACGGUUUUAAUUUCGGCCUUUAUUGAAUAAGUUUUUUAAUUGUUAUUUUAGAGUGUAUAUUAAUUGUUUUAAUGUAGGCUGUACACCGCCCUGAGUCCUUCGGGAGAAGGGUGGUAUAAAAGUUUAAUUAAUUAAUUAAUUAAUUAAUUAAAUAAUAUUUUUGGGGACGUCUUUUUUUUGAAGCGCUACUGCUGUCCCUGCCCUCUCCGUCACACUGUCUGCUUGCCCGUGGCUGCAACGGGCCAAGCUCUCAGCAUGCCUCGGUCUUCUUUGCACAGUGCAAAUAUUCUUUGCACAGUGCAAAUAUUAUUCAUUCUGAGCGUGGAGUGACAGGCCCAGGGAGGGGGAGAAGACUGUCGAUCUGGACAUACUGCAUAGUUGCCUGGGUCAUGGGAGGUUCACAGGAGGCUUGCGCGGCGGCACUGGCAGCAGGUAGACUUAUGGGGUAGGGAGGCAAUCCAGACACCCUGUGCUGGUGCUUGUUUGGUGCAGCCACAGGGAAGCCAAGAGAUGGUAGGACGGAGUGGGCAGUGCGUUGGGAUUGCCUCUGCCUCCCCCAUGCUUCUGCCUCCGCCUGCUGCUGGUGCCACCGCGCAAGCAUCCUGUGGGCCUCCUAUGAGGAAAAAGAGGGAAAAACCAGCGGCUGACCACAGAGCUGUGAACUUUGGGAAGCAGCCCAACAAGCAGAAGCACCACACCCAGAAAGAGAUGGGGGAAAGUCAUGCUGCCAUCUGCAUGCGGUUUGGUCUAUCACCCCUCAGUUGUGGAACCCAGUGAGGAAAGUGGAGGGCAGAGCUGUGUGCAGUGCUGGCAAAACCUUUCCCACCUCCCAUCGGGUUAACAUGUAGCUCCUCGCCUUCACUUUCGCUCUCCCCAGCUUGCAGAGCCCUCACCACCACCAACACCUGACCCUCCGCUACACAAAUACACAGAGACAUAUACACACACACAUGUUUACACUUAGUGAAAAGUGAAAAGACAUGCACCGGAAUUAAGAGGUCACCCCACACUAUGCUGCAAUGCAGUGAUCGGAACAGGCCUUUCCCCCACCCACAUCUUCAACAAAGGAGGUACCACACAUGCCUCCAUGCUCAGAAUUAGUAAUUGUUGCGCUACCCCAAGGGGCUGGCAGGCUUCAGCUGCAGCCGGACACCUUCACCCCCCCUCCCCCGUGUGCUCGCCGCUUCUCAUACUGGCCACGCCCAUACUCCUGGGCUUAUUUUCGGGUUAUGGCUUAUAUUAGGCCCACUCCAAAAAAUCAGUCUCAGUCUUAUUUUCGGGGUGGGACUUACUUUCAAGAAAGCAAGGUAUUAUUGGGGUAUGUUUGCUUUUCAAUUGUAA